GCCGGGCGGGCCGGCCGAGGACUGAGGAGCGCCGCGAGCACCGGGACCUGCGCCCGCCGGGCUGGAGCACGGGCGGCCAGCGAGGCGCGAGGCCAUGUCUGUCGGCGAGCUCUACAGCCAGUACACAAGGGUCUGGAUCCCUGACCCAGAUGAAGUGUGGCGCUCAGCUGAAUUAACAAAGGACUACAAAGAGGGAGAGAAGAGCCUGCAGCUUAAACUGGAAGAUGAGACUAUUCGAGAAUACCCAGUUGAUGUCCAAAGCAACCAGCUGCCCUUCUUGCGGAAUCCAGAUAUCUUGGUAGGAGAAAAUGACCUCACUGCCCUAAGCUAUCUCCAUGAGCCUGCAGUUUUGCAUAACCUGAAGGUCCGUUUUCUGGAGUCCAACCAUAUCUACACUUACUGUGGUAUUGUGCUUGUGGCCAUUAACCCGUAUGAACAGUUGCCAAUCUAUGGACAAGAUGUCAUCUAUGCCUACAGUGGCCAAAACAUGGGUGAUAUGGACCCCCACAUCUUUGCUGUGGCAGAAGAAGCCUACAAGCAGAUGGCCAGAGAUGAGAAGAACCAGUCCAUCAUUGUCAGUGGAGAGUCUGGAGCUGGGAAGACGGUGUCAGCCAAGUAUGCUAUGCGCUAUUUUGCUACAGUCGGUGGCUCAGCCAGUGAAACCAACAUUGAAGAGAAGGUCCUGGCAUCCAGUCCCAUCAUGGAGGCCAUUGGGAACGCCAAGACCACUCGCAAUGACAAUAGCAGUCGCUUUGGAAAGUACAUUCAGAUUGGCUUUGAUAAAAGGUACCACAUCAUUGGGGCCAACAUGAGGACCUACUUGCUUGAGAAGUCCAGGGUGGUCUUUCAGGCAGACGAUGAGAGGAAUUACCACAUCUUCUACCAGCUCUGUGCCGCUGCCAGCCUCCCCGAAUUUAAAGAGCUUGCACUGACAUGUGCAGAGGACUUUUUCUAUACAUCACAAGGAGGUGAUACAUCCAUUGAGGGUGUUGAUGAUGCAGAGGACUUUGAGAAGACUCGACAAGCCCUCACUCUCCUUGGCGUGCGAGAGUCCCAUCAGAUAAGCAUUUUUAAGAUAAUUGCUUCCAUCUUGCACCUUGGAAGUGUGGAGAUUCGGGCCGAGCGUGAUGGGGAUUCCUGCAGCAUAUCACCCCAGGAUGAACACCUGAGCAACUUCUGUCGCCUGCUUGGGGUGGAACACAGUCAGAUGGAGCAUUGGCUGUGCCAUCGCAAGCUGGUCACAACCUCCGAGACCUACGUCAAGACUAUGUCCCUGCAGCAGGUGGUCAAUGCACGCAAUGCCCUGGCCAAGCACAUCUAUGCCCAGCUGUUCUGUUGGAUUGUGGAGCACAUCAACAAGGCCCUGCACACUUCCCUCAAGCAACACUCCUUUAUUGGGGUGCUAGACAUCUACGGGUUUGAGACUUUUGAGAUAAACAGCUUUGAGCAGUUCUGUAUCAACUAUGCCAAUGAAAAGCUCCAGCAGCAAUUCAACUCGCAUGUGUUCAAACUAGAGCAAGAAGAAUACAUGAAGGAGCAGAUCCCAUGGACCCUGAUUGACUUUUACGAUAACCAACCUUGUAUUGACCUCAUAGAAGCAAAGCUGGGUAUCUUGGACCUGCUGGAUGAAGAGUGCAAGGUGCCCAAAGGAACUGACCAGAACUGGGCCCAGAAACUGUACGACCGACACUCCAGCAGCCAGCACUUCCAGAAACCCCGCAUGUCCAACACAGCCUUCAUUGUCAUCCACUUUGCAGAUAAGGUGGAGUACCUAUCAGAUGGAUUUUUGGAAAAAAAUAGGGACACUGUAUAUGAAGAACAGAUCAACAUCCUGAAGGCCAGCAAGUUCCCACUAGUGGCUGACUUGUUUCGUGAUGACAAGGACCCUGCUCCUGCCACCACCACACCUGGGAAGGCCACAUCUUCAAAGAUCAACAUUCGCUCUGCCAGACCCCCCAUGAAGGCAUCCAACAAGGAGCACAAGAAAUCUGUGGGCUUCCAGUUUCGAACCUCUCUAAACCUGCUCAUGGAGACCCUGAAUGCUACUACGCCACACUAUGUUCGCUGUAUCAAGCCCAACGACGAAAAGCUGCCGUUCCACUUCGACCCAAAGAGAGCCGUGCAGCAGCUCAGAGCCUGUGGGGUGUUGGAGACGAUUCGCAUCAGUGCAGCCGGCUACCCAUCCAGGUGGACCUACCAUGACUUCUUCAACCGGUAUCGGAUGCUGGUGAAGAAGAGAGAUCUUGGCAACACAGAAAAGAAAGUCAUCUGCAAGUCUAUUCUGGAGAGCCUCAUUAAGGAUCCUGACAAGUUCCAGUUUGGCCGUACCAAGAUCUUCUUCCGGGCAGGCCAAGUGGCCUACCUAGAGAAGCUGAGGGCUGACAAGUUCCGAACAGCCACCAUCAUGAUCCAGAAGACUGUCCGGGGCUGGCUGCACAAGGUGAAAUACCGCAGGCUGAAGCAGGCUACGCUAACCCUGCAGAGGUUCUGUCGAGGGCACCUGGCCCGCAGGCUGGCUGAGCACCUGCGGAGAACCCGGGCAGCUGUGGUGUUCCAGAAGCAGUACCGCAUGCGGAGGGCCCGCCUGGCCUACCAGAGAGUCUGCACAGCUGCCAUUGUCAUCCAGUCCUUCACAAGGGCCAUGUUCGUGCGCAGAAACUACCGCCAAGUACUCAUGGAGCACAAAGCCACCAUCAUCCAGAAGUAUGCCCGGGGCUGGAUGACACGCAGGCAUCUCCAGCAGCAGCGUGAUGCAGCCGUUGUCAUCCAGUGCGCCUUCCGGAGGCUCAAGGCCAAGCAGCAGUUAAAGGCUCUCAAGAUCGAGGCCCGUUCUGCAGAGCAUCUGAAACGCCUCAACGUGGGCAUGGAAAACAAGGUGGUCCAGCUGCAGCGGAAGAUUGAUGACCAGAAUAAAGAGUUCAGGACCCUGUCAGAGCAGUUGUCUGCGGUGACUUCCGCGCACGCCAUGGAGGUGGAGAAGCUGAAGAGGGAGCUCGCGCAGCACCGGCAGAGCCAGGGGCCCGGCGCAGGCCUGCAGCUGCAGGAGGAGGUGCGGAGCCUGCGCGCCGAGCUUCAGCAGGCUCACUCAGAGCGCAGGGUGCUGGAGGAUGCCCACAGCAGGGAGAAGGAUGAGCUGAGAAAGCGAGUGGCAGACCUGGAGCAAGAGAAUGCUGUCCUGAAAGACGAGAAAGAACAGCUGAACAACCAAAUUCUGCGCCAGUCUAAAGCUAAAUUUGCCCAGAGCUCUGUGGAAGAGAGCCUCUUGAUGAAGAAAGAGCUAGAAGAGGAACGCUCCAGAUACCAGAACCUCGUGAAGGAAUACUCCCGGUUGGAACAGAGAUACGACAACCUGAGGGACGAAGUGACCAUUCUAAAGCAAACCCCAGGCCACAGGCGGAACCCAUCAAACCAGAGUAGCUUAGAGUCUGACUCCAACUACCCCUCCAUCUCCACCUCUGAGAUUGGAGACACUGAGGAUGCGCUUCAACAGAUAGAGGAAGUUGGCAUGGAGAAGGCAGCCAUGGACAUGACGGUCUUCCUGAAGCUGCAGAAGAGAGUGCGCGAGCUUGAGCAGGAGCGGAAGAAGCUGCAGGUGCAGCUGGAGAAGAGGGAGCAACAAGACAGCAAGAAAGCGCAGAUAGAACAACCAAAGAAUGACACAGACGUGGACCAGGAUGCUGAUCUGGCCUAUAAUAGUCUGAAGAGGCAAGAGCUAGAGUCGGAGAACAAGAAGCUGAAGAAUGACCUGAAUGAGCUGCGGAAAGCCGUAGCUGACCAAGCCAUACAAAACAACUCCACCCACAGCUCCCCAGACAGCUACAGCCUCCUGCUGAACCAGCUCAAGCUGGCCAACGAGGAGCUGGAGGUCCGCAAAGAAGAGGUGCUAAUCCUCAGGACCCAGAUCGUGAAUGCUGACCAGCGCAGACUUGCCGGCAAGAGCAUGGAGCCAAGUAUUAAUGCCAGAACAAGUUGGCCAAACAGUGAAAAGCACGUGGACCAGGAGGAUGCCAUUGAGGCCUAUCAUGGGGUCUGCCAGACAAACAGGUUGUUGGAGGCCCAGUUGCAGUCCCAGAGCCUGGAACAUGAGGAGGUGGUAGAGACUCUCAGGGCUCAGGUGGAGGCCCUGAAGGAAGAGAUGGACAAACAGCAGCAGACCUUCUGCCAAACACUGUUGCUUUCCCCAGAGGCGCAAGUGGAAUUUGGUGUGCAGCAGGAGAUAUCCCGGCUGACUAAUGAGAAUCUGGACCUUAAAGAACUGGUGGAAAAGCUGGAAAAGAAUGAGAGGAAGCUAAAAAAACAGCUGAAGAUUUACAUGAAGAAAGUUCAGGACCUAGAAGCUGCACAGGCCCUGGCGCAGAGCCACAGGGGACAACAUGAGCUCACAAGGCAGGUCACAGUCCAGCGGAAAGAGAAGGACUUCCAGGGCAUGCUGGAGUACCACAAGGAAGAUGAGGCCCUCCUCAUCCGGAACCUGGUGACAGACCUGAAGCCCCAGACGCUGUCAGGCACGGUGCCCUGCCUCCCUGCCUACAUCCUCUACAUGUGCAUCAGACACGCAGACUACACCAAUGACGACCUCAAGGUGCACUCUUUGCUGACCUCCACCAUCAACGGCAUCAAGAAAGUCCUGAAGAAGCACAUUGAUGACUUUGAGAUGACGUCAUUCUGGUUAUCCAAUACCUGCCGUCUCCUUCACUGUUUGAAGCAGUAUAGUGGGGAUGAGGGCUUCAUGACACAGAACACCGUGAAGCAGAAUGAGCACUGUCUCAAGAACUUUGACCUUACUGAAUACCGUCAGGUGCUAAGUGACCUUUCCAUCCAGAUCUACCAGCAGCUAAUUAAAAUUGCCGAGGGCUUGUUGCAGCCUAUGAUUGUUUCUGCCAUGCUGGAAAACGAGAGCAUUCAGGGGUUAUGCGGUGUGAAGCCAACUGGCUACCGGAAGCGCUCCUCCAGCAUGGUGGAUGGAGAAAACUCCUACUGCCUGGAAGGCAUCAUCCGCCAGAUGAACUCUUUCCACACAGUCAUGUGCGACCAGGGUCUAGACCCUGAGAUCAUCCUGCAGGUGUUCAAGCAGCUCUUCUACAUGAUCAAUGCCGUGACUCUUAACAACCUCCUCCUGCGGAAGGAUGUCUGCUCUUGGAGCACAGGCAUGCAGCUCAGGUACAACAUAAGUCAACUUGAGGAGUGGCUCCGGGGCAGAAACCUCCAUCAGAGUGGAGCAGCUCAGACCAUGGAGCCGUUGAUCCAGGCAGCCCAGCUCCUGCAGCUAAAGAAGAAAACCCACGAGGAUGCUGAAGCCAUCUGCUCCCUGUGUACCUCCCUCAGCACCCAGCAGAUUGUCAAAAUUUUAAACCUUUAUACUCCGUUGAAUGAAUUUGAAGAACGAGUAACUGUGUCCUUUAUACGAACAAUCCAGGCCCAGCUACAAGAGCGGAAUGACCCUCAGCAACUGCUGUUGGACUGCAAACACAUGUUUCCUGUUUUGUUUCCAUUUAACCCAUCUUCUCUGACCAUGGACUCCAUCCACAUCCCCGCGAGUCUCAAUCUGGAGUUUCUCAACGAAGUCUGAGGAUGUGUUUCCAAUGAGAGCAAGAAGGAAACAAACACAUGCUGCUGUCAGGUGAAUCCCAGAUCAAACCAGAGUUGGAGAGCCUGAAGAGAGUGUGGCACUAAACAGAAUAACACGCAUCUCUGUCAUUAUAUUUUGUACUUGCUGCUCAAAAUAAAAACACUUGAAAUAUGGAA